AUGGCGGAGCGUGGAGCGAGCGGCGGCGGGAGCAGCGGGGACAGCCUGGACAAGAGCAUCACGCUGCCCCCGGACGAGAUCUUCCGCAACCUGGAGAACGCCAAGCGCUUCGCCAUCGACAUAGGUGGAUCGCUAACCAAGUUGGCCUACUACUCAACAGUGCAGCACAAAGUCGCCCGAGUGCGGUCUUUCGACCACUCGGGGAAGGAUACAGAAGAACAGGACCACGAACCACCCUAUGAGAUUUCGGUUCAGGAAGAGAUUACCGCUCGGCUGCAUUUUAUUAAGUUUGAGAACACCUACAUUGAAGCCUGCCUGGACUUCAUCAAAGACCACCUGGUCAACACUGAGACGAAGGUCAUCCAGGCGACAGGGGGCGGGGCAUACAAGUUCAAGGACCUCAUUGAAGAGAAGCUGCAGCUGAAGGUAGACAAGGAGGACGUGAUGACCUGCCUGAUCAAGGGGUGUAACUUUGUGCUGAAGAACAUCCCGCACGAGGCCUUCGUGUAUCAGAAGGACUCCGACCCCGAGUUCCGAUUCCAGACAAACCACCCCAGCAUUUUCCCGUAUCUUCUUGUCAAUAUUGGCUCUGGAGUCUCCAUCGUGAAGGUGGAGACGGAGGACAGGUUCGAGUGGAUUGGCGGCAGCUCCAUCGGAGGCGGCACCUUCUGGGGGCUCGGGGCUCUGCUCACCAAAACAAAGAAGUUCGAUGAGCUGCUGCAUCUGGCUUCCAAGGGCCAGCACACAAAUGUGGACAUGCUGGUGCAGGACAUUUACGGUGGAGCCCACCAGACCCUGGGGCUGAGCGGCAAUCUCAUUGCAAGCAGCUUUGGGAAGUCAGCCACCGCCGACAAAGAGUUCUCCAAAGAGGACAUGGCCAAGAGCUUGCUGCAUAUGAUCAGCAAUGACGUCGGGCAGCUCGCUUGUCUCUACGCGAAGAUACACAGCCUGGACCGGGUGUACUUCGGGGGCUUCUUCAUCCGGGGCCACCCUGUGACCAUGCGCACCAUCACCUACAGCAUUAACUUCUUCUCCAAGGGGGAAGUCCAGGCGCUGUUCUUGAGACACGAGGGCUACCUGGGAGCCAUCGGAGCGUUUUUAAAAGGAGCCGAGCAAGACAAUCCCAACCAGUACAGCUGGGGAGAGAACUACGCAGGCAGCUCGGGGCUGAGGAGCGGCUCGCCUGAGCUGUGCCCCGCGCAGCGGGCCCGGAGCGGCACUUUUGACUUGCUGGAAAUGGACCGGCUGGAGAGGCCACUGGUCAACCUGCCCCUCCUCCAGGACCCAUCCUCCUACGUGCCCGACACUGUCGACCUCACUGAUGACGCCCUGGCCCGCAAGUACUGGCUCACCUGCUUCGAGGAGGCCCUGGACGGGGUGGUGAAACGUGCCGUAGCCAGCCAGCCAGACUCCGUGGAUGCCACCGAGAGGGCAGAGAAGUUCCGACAGAAGUACUGGAACAAGCUCCAGACGCUGAGACACCAGCCGUUCGCCUACGGGACCCUGACCGUGCGCAGCCUGCUGGACACACGGGAGCACUGUCUGAACGAGUUCAACUUCCCAGAUCCCUACUCUAAAGUGAAGCAGAAAGAAAACGGCAUCGCGCUGAAGUGCUUUCAGAGAGUGAUCUGCAACCUGGACGCGCUGGGCUGGGAGGACAGGCAGCUGGCCCUGGUGAAAGGCCUCCUGGCUGGGAAUGUCUUUGACUGGGGGGCCAAGGCCGUCUCUGAUGUCCUUGAGUCUAACCCCCAGUUUGGGUUUGAAGAGGCCAAGAAGAAGUUACAAGAGCGUCCCUGGCUCGUGGACUCCUACAAUGAGUGGCUGCAGAGAUUGAAGGGGCCCCCUCAUAAAUGUGCCUUAAUUUUCGCAGAUAACAGUGGAGUAGACGUCAUUUUGGGAGUCUUCCCCUUUGUCAGGGAGCUACUCCUUAGAGGCACAGAGGUCAUCCUGGCGUGCAACUCUGGCCCUGCACUGAACGACGUGACCCACAGCGAGUCCCUCAUCGUGGCUGAGCGCAUCGCAGGCAUGGACCCCAUCAUCCACUCUGCACUCCAGGGAGAGCGGCUGCUGCUGGUGCAGACGGGCUCCAGCUCCCCGUGCCUGGACCUCAGCCGCCUGGACAAGGGGCUGGCCGUGCUGGUGCGGGAGCGUGGCGCGGACCUGGUGGUCAUCGAGGGCAUGGGCCGUGCCGUCCACACCAACUACUACGCGGCCCUGCGCUGCGAGAGCCUCAAGCUGGCCGUGCUCAAGAACGCCUGGCUGGCCGAGCGCCUGGGCGGCCGGCUCUUCAGCGUCAUCUUCAAGUACGAGGUCCCGGCCGAGUGAGGCGCUGCUGGACUCUGUCCUGCUGUCACUGGGCUAGGAUGUGUGACCACAACAGAAAAUGGUGUUCAAGCCAGGAUGUUUAUGCUGUGCUCUGGGACUGAUAGCGCGUGCUCCCCGGGCCAGCAGGCCGUGCCACCCAUGCCGGGAGCAGCAGCAUUCGUCCUCAGACGUUCAUGUUUGGGUGUAUUUAACUGUUAAAUAACCUUUUAUAUGUAUAUAUAAAUAUAUAAAUAUAUACAGAUACGUCUCUGACGGGACACA